GACCUCUGUACUGACUUUACGAAUUUUGUUUUGAUCACAUUGAAUUUGACGUCUGUGUUUGUUUGUGUUGUGCGUGAACUGUGAAAUUAAAAAAAAAAAAAUCAUAAAGAAAAUGUCCGACACAGCAGUGGCAAACGAGGCACCGGCGCCGGCGACUCCGGCGAAGAAACCGAAGGCGUCCGCAGGAGCAGGCGGCGCCGCGGCCAAGAAGCCGAAGGCGAAGCCCACCCACCCCAAGACGUCCGAGAUGGUGAACAGCGCCAUCAAGGAGCUCAAGGAGAGGAGCGGCUCUUCGCUGCAGGCGAUCAAGAAAUACAUCGCCGCCCAGUACAAGGUAGACGCCGAGAAGAUGGCACCGUUCAUCAGAAAGUAUCUGAAGAGCGCCGUCGAGUCCGGCGCGCUCAUCCAGACCAAGGGCAAGGGCGCGUCCGGCUCGUUCAAGCUGGAGUCGAAGUCGUCCGCGUCCAAGAAGCCCGCCGGCGGCAAGGGCGCGGCCGCGUCCGCGGCGUCCGCCCGCUCCAAGAAGGCCGCCUCGUCGCCGGCCGCCGCCAGCGGCAGGGGCGGCAAGAAGGCCGCCUCCGCCGCCGCGGCCGCCUCCUCGCCGAGCAAGGCGAAAGCCGCCGCCGCGUCCGCCAGGGACAAGAAGGCCGCCGCCGCGGCCAAGAGGAAGAAGCCCGCCGCCAAGAAGUCCUCCGCCGCAGCCGCCGCCGCGUCCGCGUCCCCGGCCAAGGCGAAAGGCGCCGUCUCCAAGGCGAAGAAGACCGCCAAGCCGCCGACGAAGAAACCAAAAGCGCCCAAACCUAAGAAAGCCGCACCGAAGGCGAAGCCCGCCGCCAAGAAGGCCUCCGCCGCGAAGAAAUAGAGCCACCGCGCGCCAGCCUGCCGCGCGAAGCCCGUCGCCGUCCGUCGCCCGCCGCGGAGCGGAGCGGAGCGGUGUCCGCCCGCCCGCCCGUUCGGUGGUCCUGUACGGUCGAGUCGAGUCGAGUCGUUUCGAAAACCCGUGCGGCUUCACAACCGCAACAAUAAAAAGCCCUUUUCAGGGCUAACAUAUUAUCUCUCUCUUUAUAGUAUCUAACCAACCGAUGCGACGAUUA